AUGAUCGAUGUGCACACGGAGGAUGCGGAUCUCAGUGACCCCGAGGAUGACGAGCCCCAGGAAGAUGCCCUGGGGGUCACGUUGGCGCUGGUGCCGCGGCAGCGGGGGGUGGCCAUGGUGCUGGAAGCCGCGCAGCUGGUGGCCAAGGACCUUAUGAAGCUGGAGGAGUUCGAACGGGAGGUAGGCACCUGCGAGAUCACGGCGGCCAAGGAGAGCUGA